CAGGUGGGGCCUGUGGGCGGGGCGCCCGUCCCGCCCAGGGCCGCGGCUCGGCCGGGCCGGGGGGAACCGCUCGCUGGCGGCUUAGUUCACUGAAGUUGGGGACAGUAGAAGCUUUACGAUCCAUUGAAACUCUGUAUCAGACAGUCGCAGCUGAUGUUAGAAAGCAGGAACAGAUAUGCAGUUUAGUGGACAAGCAUGUGGAAUUCACUGCAGCUCUUUUCAAGAUGGUUCUUCUUUGGAAGAGAUGAUGGCUGCUUUGACAUUUCUGUAGUGCCUUUUUAUUAAAGGAGAGUUCCUAGAUCAUUUAUUGUAAAGCACUGGCCUCUUUGAAACAAGUACCCAGUCUUUGUAUCUGCAUUACUGAGAAUAAAUAAGAGGCAGCAGGAUUGUGACUUGCACUUACACGAUCAGCAACUGGAAAAAUGCCAGGUUCUAAAAGUAACUUAGUGUCUUUACAUGAGGAUGUUAUAAAUGAUACUUCAGACUUGAGUGAAAUGAAAAUUUCAGAUGAAAAAGGAUCUGUUGAAAAAAGAACAAAGACUCUGACUGAGAGGAAUGGUUAUCACGACUCCAUAUACAUAAAUGCAGCUAAGAUUUUUCAAGGCAUUCAUACUGAAAAGCGUAAGGAUAGAAUAUUGGUGCGGUAUGGUGAUGACUCAGUACCUCCCACGCUGACUUUUAAAGAUGAGUAUUCCCAGCAUGUAUCUUAUGAACUGGCUUUCAAUGCUCUAAAAUAUCAAGAUCUUCUUGAAGAAAUAUUGUUAGAUAGUUGUGUUUACCCAUGCCAGUCAAUACCAGAUGAAUUAACCAGCUUGCUUGUUGUGAUGCUUUAUGACCUACAAGACCGAAAGUUUCAAGCACGAGAGAUUUUUGAUGAAGAGGAACCUGUAGCAGAAGUUCGGAAAACAGAGCGUUAUCUAUACAACUUUAGGACCAAAUUGGCAGCUGCGUUAGCAAGAUGUCGCAUCAAACAUGGUGCUCUUUCAAUUGAAUACAUUCUACCAGAAACCGUACGGAAGCAGGAACAAAGGGCUUCUGCUUUACCUUUAUGUGUUUGGAUAAACACAUUUAAAAUCAGCCUUCAAGAUGUUUUCAGAGAUUUGAAGAAGAAGGGCUUCACAAGAGUUGAAUCUGUGUCAGACUUCGACCAUUAUACGUACUGUAUGGACCAACAUUGCCAUGAUUUAUUGGUUUUUCCUUCCUCUCUUAAAGAAGAACUGCUUAACUUAGAUCUUUUUGCAGAUUGCAAACUCUUACUGCAGGAUAAGUCUCGCAGCCUUGCUGUACACUCUGCACAGGCACUGUUGAAUACGGAUGAUGACAUUAUAGUGGCUCACGUAGGUUCCCAUCUGACCAUUGCCCAUAUGUCAGUGCUGACAAUUCACAGCAUGUCCAGAAUUUUUGUUUGUGGUGUAAAAUCUUCAGCAAAAGCAGAUGAACUGAGGAACUUGCUCAGUCACAUGGGAUGUAAAAAUAUUCAGUUGUUACAUGAAGACUUUACUGAGAUUGGACCAACAGACCCAAGACUUCAAAAGGCAAAAGUUAUUUUGCUGCUACCCCAAUGCUCUGGACUGGGUGUCGGCAAUCCAAUAGACUUUAUUUUAAAUGAACAUGGAGAUGCAGGAUUGCUAAGAGAUGUUUUACAAGGAUCUGUAUCUGAGGAUAAACUCAGUAUUCUUGCUGAGAGGCAGCUUAACGAGUUGAUGCAUGCAAUGAAAUUUAACAAAGUACAAGCUAUUGUUUACUGCACUUGUUCUGUUUACCCAGAAGAAAAUGAACUAGUAGUGAAAAAAGCACUGGAAUCUGGAGUGGAAGGAAAUAAAGUACAACCAUAUAGGGUUAUUCCUCCUGUUUUUUCUAGUUGCUCCAAUUCAAAGGCUUCCACUGAAACUUUUUUCAAAAUGGAGCCAUCAGAAAUUUCCAGCGGCUGUUUUCUAGCUAUUCUAGCAAGAGAGAAAGAUUCUUCUGAAAAUGUGUCUGUUAAAGACAUUUUGGCUCGUGCUGCAGCAAAAGGACUACUAGACAGCACUGUUGUACAAAAAUCAAAGGAAGAGGAGAAAAAGCAGAAAGUAACACAACGUAGACGUAAUAUUACUGGUAGUGGUAUAGAGCCGAAGAUUGCAGAGUUCCUUCACCAUCAAACUGUAUCUAGUAUUAAGGCUGAAGUUCCCGUGUCUAAAGCAGUCAGUAACGUGCAACAAAAGAAUGUGAACCGAACAAACAGCUACGUUCAGCUAAAGAAAUCUAUCAACCCCAUUUCAGACACAGCUCUGCCUAAAGUGCUGAAGCACACAUCUCAUUUGUCAUCUAUGGGCAAGACAUAUGACAGACAAACACUUGCUAGAAAGCCGCGCACGGAACGUAAAAGGGUUGUGUUGAAGCCUGUGGAAAUUGUUUUGCCUCCAGUGAUAACGCCAUACUUAAGUUCGCAAGGAAACAAACCCAGGGUUUCAUCAGCUCGUCAUUGCUUUCAUGGCUGGACUGGAGCAAAGGGCUCGAGUGGCAGGAUACUCCCACCGACUGUGUCUAAAGUAGUUAAGCCAGCUGUGCUUAGCCGUCCUCGACCAUGGCUGCAAGAAUCUUCAAACUUCGCCCCACCUUUAUACAGAAGACCAGUCAAUGUAGCUGGAUCAGCACUACCUUUAGAAGAAAGGAUGUGAAUGAUACUACACCAGCAGCGUAGACAGCUGGCUCUUGUUCAUCAGAUAAAUGUCAUUGCUUCACUGAAUCAGUGAAAAUUUCUUUUAGCAUUUUAAUCUGAGCCAGCUGUCCUAUUCAAAAGUGUCACUCACCUGCUGCAUAUCCCUGUGAGUAACCUGUGCUCCUUACUUGUUCCAGUAAAAGGAUGAACUCUGCUCUUGUUUCUGAACAAACUUGUAAGGAUAGAUCUAGACCUGCUCACAUGCAACAUGUAGAACUGGGAAAAAAAUAAAAAAUCCCUAUUUUAUUUCAAAACCAUCUUGGAGGAAGAGGGGUUUUACAUGUUAGAUAAAAGGAAUGGACAGUAAGGAGAUUUGGGGUUUUUUUUUUUCAAUAUGGUUGUUAAACGCUUAAAAUAAACUUAGCAGUUAGAGACCUAAACUAUUUUUUAAAAUCAAAAUCUGUAUCAUUCAUUACUAAAUAUAAUUAAAAUUACUUGUAAAAGAAUGUACAUGUGUCUGAUGACAGAAUUACUGAGCUACUUAUGUAAUAUGCACCAUGAUGU